AUGGAUCUUGAGAUCUUGAUCUCAUCCUCACUAGUGGCGACACUACUUUUGCUUUCAAGCAUUCACAACUUUUAUAAAGCAGAAGGUCGCAUUGUGUCAGAAGAGGAGGAUUUGGAGUUGGACAGACAACUCAAAAUUCUUAAUAAACCACUAAUCAAGACCAUUGUUGCUACAAAUGGUGAUAUAGUUGACUGCAUAGACAUCUACAGACAACCAGCUUUCGAUAAUCCAUUGCUCAAGAAUCACGAACACAAGGUAAAACGUAUAAUCAAACAAGAAUUAUUACUUAAUGAAGCAAACGCAUCCAGUAAAAAGAUCUCAGUGUUGGAGCAUUAUUACAAUGAAAGUCAUUGUCCUUUCGGGACAGUGCCAAUAAUAAGGACUACAAAGAAGCAGUUGGUAAAUGCUAAGCGUUUCUCCCAGCGAAUGAAACGCAGUGGCGAAAACGCUGUUUUCAAACCUACCGGUCGCACCCAUUUUGUUUCACUUGAAACAAGCUAUAUUAAAAAUAAAACUUACUUAGGAGCUUGGGCACAAAUUCAAAUAAAAAAUCCAGAUAUGGCACCGGAUCAAUUUACUACGGCGCAGAUAUCAGUACAGAAUGGCCCCGGAGAAGAUGUAAACAGUAUAGAGUUUGGAUGGGCAGUAUACCCAGAACUAUUUAGCGAUGCAGAUACUCGAAUAUUUGCUUACUGGACGGGUGACGGGUAUAAAAGAAGGGGAUGCUUCAAUAUGCUUUGCAGCGGCUUUGUACUAGUUAACCAUGAAAUUCCGCUUGGUGCAUCUCUUGCAAAUACCGGAAGAGCAUUUCUUGGCUCUAGGGUCGUUCGGGAUCCCCAACCGGACGAUGGCUGGUGGCUGUACUUGCUCGAUAUAAAAAUUGGAUUCUUUCCUAAACCAAUAUUUACUCAUCCCGAAGACGAAGCUACAAUUAUAAAAUAUGGAGGAUUAGCAAACGCAGAACCUAAUAAACCAUUUCCACAGAUGGGAGCUGGCAGUUUACCUGAUUUUGAUUUUGAAAAGUCAUGUCACUUUACCCAUAUGAGAGUCUAUGACAAGAAUGGAGAGCCGGGUGAUUUUGACCCAAACAUCGUACAAAUGAGACAUGAUGCGUCUGUUGAUUGCUAUGAUCUUGCAUUUUAUGGGCGUAACCACACUGGGUGGGGUUUGACUAUGUCCUUUGGGGGACCUGGUGGUAGUUGUUAG